AUGGUGACAAGUGAAGUGGGCGCAUCGAAAGUAACUAGUGAGCCUGCUAGCAGCACAGGCGCUAAGCCAGCGAGCACAACUAUGACUGAAAAGGCCGAUGAGCCGAUUAAGUGUCUCUGGACAGGUUGUGGGAUCGAGUGUGCCAAUGCUGAGGCUUUGUACCACCAUUUGUGCGAUGAUCACGUUGGGCGUAUCAGCAAAAACAACCUUUGCUUGACAUGCUCGUGGGACAACUGUGGGGCCAGCUACGGUAAACGCGACCAUAUCACGAGCCACAUUCGAAUUCAUACGCCACUGAAGCCUUUCACUUGCAGUACCUGUGGCAAGAACUUCAAACGCUCACAAGAUCUUAAGAAACAUGGACGAACCCACCAGGAUACGACAUCACCUGCCUCAAUGGACAUGAACAUGCCAUCAACUACGAUGCCGAAAAGCGCAGCAUCUUCCACGAAUGAUGCCCUCCAAAUUCCUGUGGACCCUGUAGACAAUGUGGCAACGCCUGCUUUCUCGGCAGGAUCUUCUCCAGGUUCUCUGUCUCCAUCGUUGUCUCCCCAGGCAAGAAUGUCAAGGUAUGAGAUGCAAGACAAUGGCGUUUAUCCAGACCGCUACCGAGGUAACAUGUACCCGUCUAUCCCGCACUAUCAAGAGGCUAUGGACCCAUAUAUUUCGAUGCGUACUGAGUCUGAAAUGUAUGGGUCCAUGCCUGGGCAGCACAAUGGUAUGUCCGCGGUGCCACAAGAUCCAGUGUUUAUGGACCGACGUGCUCUGCCGACGGAAUCACUGAAGCGAGCCCGGCCGGCAGUAGACGAGUUUUGGAAUGACGUGCGUCGGAAGAAAGUGACCCCUACGUAUGAUCAAAACAUGGCGGAGCGUCUUGAUAAUCUAUGGGUGCCUCGUGUAGGCUUGGACCAGAAUGAUCUGGAUACAUUCCUGAACGAGUCAGUCGACGUGAUUAAUGCAAUGACACCUAUGCAAAAUGAUGUCCGUUUCUCGACUGGAUUUUCACCCCGAAACAACUUGGUCGAUAUGAAUACAUGGCUCUUGCAGCUGGGCGUGAAUAUGAACAGGACAAACAGGUUCGAUGGGCAGGCUGUGCCUCAAUUUGGCCAAUCCAUGGACUUUACUCAAUCAUUGCAACAGCUGGGUCUGGGACAUAUCCCAGGGAUUGAUAUGGUCCCUGGAUUGAUGUCAGGCGUCAUGGAAUCAAACGGGUUGCAGCCACAAGCGCCUAUGUACGACAAGGACGUGCAUCCAGUGUAUCGUCAAGUACAGCCGCUUAUGCGAGCACCACCUACUAGCACAAAGAUGGAAGAGGAUAUGGAGGUGGAUGUGCCACCUGUACAGAAAUUGUCCUCUGGCAGUGCAUCGCCCCAGUCGACAAGAGACUCAAGCCGAUCUCCCUCGCCGCAUUUGCCAAUGUACCCCAGCUUGCCCGCCGGUGGAAAGAUGGACAUGAACAGGCCACCUCGUCGAGGUCCUAGUAAUGAUGGCCCCAAUACGCGUGAACGUCAUAUGCGUCUGAUUUUGAAUCUACUUCUUGCGCUGAACCAGAAAAAGCGCCUAGAUCCCAACACAGGCAAAGCUGUGCCUUUGCGCCAUGGGUGA